GGUACAAAAAGAAAAAGAUAUGAUUGGGCUAAAACAUUUUGAACGGACUAAUUAAGUAAUUGGGUUUACAGUCGAGGCUUUUGCAAAAAACUUGCAAUCUCCUCUUUGGCAAAGCUUUUCUCCGAGGCAUUAACGCAAACACUUUACCAGGCAAAUCAUUCAAACACAAUCUCAGAGAAGAUGCAGAGUAUAAAGAGCUCUAUUCUGAGGCAUUUUAGACUUCAGGCCUCCUUCAGGACUUGGUCAUUUACUGAAAAUGCAAGUCUACUGAACAUAUUCAGCAGGCAACUGUGUACUACAACGGCUAACAGCGAUGACCAGAUAAUGGAUCGAGUGAUUGGCUUGGUGAAGAAGUUCAAUAAAACUGACACCACCAAGGUAACUGAAACAACUAAUUUCCAAAAGGAUCUAUGCUUGGACAGCUUGGAGAGAGUGGAGCUUGUUAUGGCCUUCGAGCAGGAGUUCUCCAUUGAGAUUCCUGAGGAAGAAGCUGAUAAGCUUACUUGCUGUGCUGAUGUUGCCAAGUAUAUUUUAGAUGAAACUAAGCAAAGUGUUGCCCAGAAUUCCUGAUUUUUACCAGGUAUUGAUGAUGGAAUCUUAUAGUCAUACUAGAUGCUAUCUAAUAUUCUAAUUUGUAUGGACUUGGGAAGUUCUCUGUCAUUCUCUAAAAGACUAAAACUCAUACGAAGUAUAUGCAAAGUUUUUUUUUUACUCAA